AUGCUUACGGUAUUCUUUAGUGUUGGCUCAAAACCUUUAGCUAUAUGGGAUACUCAUAUUCAAGAUGGAUAUAUAACAAGGUUUUUAGAUCAGGAUAUAAAGUCUAUGGUAUUAGAGAUAGGAGGAACCAAUGUAAGUACAACAUAUAUUACCUGUCCGAAGGGAAACAUGGUGCUAGGAAUUACAAUGCCCUUUUUAGUUAUGAUAGUUAAGAAUCUCAAAAAAUAUUUUUCCUUUGAAGUGACUAUCCUCGACGAAACUGGGACUAGACGAAGAUUUCGAGUAUCGAAUUUCCAAAGCAGCACCCAGAUAUUGCCGCUUUGUACAGUAAUGCCUAUCGGCCUUUCUGAUGGAUGGAAUCAAAUACAAUUCAAUUUAGCAGAAUUUACUCGUCGCGCAUACAAAAAACAAUAUGUAGAAGUACAAAAGCUAAAAAUCAACGCAAAUAUUCGCCUUAGAAGAAUUUACUUUACUGAAAAGCUAAUACCAGAAGAUCAAUUGCCACCAGAAUACAAAUUGUACUUUCCAUUACCGUCGAAUGCGAAAGGCAAACAAGCUAUACAAACAAACGCUCAGAAUAAAGAAAACGUAAAACCAUCUACAUCUCAACAACCAAUUGAGCAACGUGUUCGCUCUGUUGAAAAGAUUGGAAGCAGAGUAGAGGUCACAAGAAGUUCAAAGAUUCACGUUCCUUCUGUAAAAACAUCAUCGACACAGGUAUCUCGAAAAUAUUCAAAACUGAAGGUUGAAGAUGUAAAGGAAGCUGCAGAAACACAGCUGCAAGCAAGUGAAGAAGUCGAAGAUUUAAAUACUCAAGCAGAAAUAAAAGAAGAGAAAGUGCCAAGUGCAGUAGAUGUAACAGAAGAGACAAAGACUGAUAAUCAAGAAGUUGAAACU